UUUUUCUUGGUCUUUAUAUUUGCUUGCCUACAAAACAAGAGAAAAAAAAUAAUAAUUCAAAGUUCUAAAUUUUGGCUGCUGCUGCUGCAAUUUCAUUGACUUUAAUUUCGGCUCUGUUUAAACUCUUUCUUCUAUAUCAAAUUUGCUUUACUAAUCAACUUAGUUGCCUUUUUUUUUGCUUUAUUUAUGUAUUUUGUGCUUCAAUUACUGCUAUAAUUCUUCUUAUAUUUAUAUGAGCAGGAGCUUAUAAUUUCAGUUAUCGACUUUUUAUUUUGUUAAUUCUUUUUUAGUACAAGGCAAUAAUGAGUUGGUAUAGUCAAUUUAAUUUAUUGUAGCUUGAGAACGGCUAGCUUUGCUUUAGGUAAUGCUUUUAAUUUAGGGAAGGUAAGAAUGUUCAAUUGGGUAUAAAAAAAGCCUUUUGGUUGCCGUGGACUUGUAUUGUCUAUAUGUUUCAUUUUGUGGGUUCAAAGCAAUUUUUGUGUUUGUGUUUUUGAUGGAAAGUAGAAAAUGGGGUUGUUUGAUUUUCGUAUCCUGCUUGCAGAUUUGUGAUGGGUGAAUAGCUUGUCUAUUGUUGAGUUAUGAGCUUAAUGGAGAGCACGUCUAGUCAAGCUAUUGAUUCAGAUGAAAGUGAAAGGUGAAGUUGACAAGAUCUUGGAACAGUCUUUUGAAAGUUUACCCUCAAUAGGAGAUGAUGUAGAACCCUAUAUUGGUAUGGAGUUUAAGUCAAGAGAUGAUGCUCGAGAAUUUUAUGUUGCUUAUGGAAGACGUACAGGAUUUACUGUACGGAUCCAUCAUAAUCGUCGUUCACGCAUAAAUAAUAUGGUAAUUGGUCAAGAUUUCGUUUGUUCGAAAGAAGGUUUUCGUGAAAAGAAAUAUAUUUAUCGGAAAGACAGAGUUCUUCCUCCACCACCUAUAACUCGCGAAGGCUGUCAUGCAAUGUUAAGGCUAGCUUUAAGAGAGGGAGAUAAGUGGGUUGUCACCAAAUUUAUAAAAGAGCACAAUCAUGCACUAAUGUCUCCGAGUAAAGUACCAUGGCGAGGAUCUACAAAAAGUUUUGUCAGUGAGGAUGAGAAGGAUCGGAGAAUACGAGAAUUGACCCUAGAACUCAACAAUGAGAGACAAAGAUGUAAACGACGGUGUGCAGCAUACCGGGAACAAUUACGCAUGGUGUUGAAAUUUGUUGAGGAACAUACGGACUACAUGUCCGAAAGAGUUCAAGAUAUAGUGAAGAACAUAAGAGAACUUGAAGAUGAGCAACUGGAAGAUUCCGUUUGCCCAUAUAUGUAGUGCACUUCUUAGGUAAGAGUAGAUAUAAUUAGACCACUGUACAUUUAUUUACUUUUUAUUGUAUUUUUUUUU